UUUUUCCUUCACAGAGGCUCAUAGUCUUUGCUAUGAGUUCACCAUCAGUCCGAAACCCAAACCAGGACAACCCUGGUGUAUACUUCAAGGCAAGGUCAACGGAGACAUGUUUCUGCACUACCACUGUGGUGGCGAGAAGUUCGAACCCGAAGGUCGUCUGGGGAUGAAGGUGAACACUACAGAGGCCUGGGGGAGACAGUCAGAAGCUCUGAAAGAGCUGGUGGAAGAGCUCAGAAAGAAACUCCUUGAGGUGGAACGAGAGAUUUCCACAACCAGCGAUCCUCUCACCCUGCAGGGCAGGAUGACGUGUCCCUGUAAAGCCAAUGGAGGGAGCAGCAGAUGCUGGCAUUUUGACGUGUGUGACUCAGAGAACAGUCACUGUACAGUGGUUGAUGCUGGAGAGAGACUGCUAAAAGAGACAUUGGACAAUGACAAUGAUAUAACCAUGUUCCUCAUGAAAGUUUCAAAUGGAGACUGUAAGAAGUGGCUUGAAGAAUUUUUGUUGCACUGGGAGAGAAUGCUGGAGACAACAGCAUCACCAACCACGGGCCCGGCUACAGCCCAAUCCAGGGCCCCGGCCACCACUCCCAUCACCUGGAUCCUCCUGGUGACCCUCACCUGCUCUCUUCUCCUCGGCAUCCUAGGCUGAGUCCUUCACAGUAACAGGUACUGAGAGCAGAUUG